CAUCUGCCACGCGCAGCUGUGCAAAACAAACAAGAAUUAUAGUCAAAGUAGUCAGUUACCUGUUGAUUUCUGUCUUUUUCUCUUAUUCCCAAGUCCGCACUCGCUGACGCACGACCUGCCAUCAGAAAUACGACAAGUGAGAGUGGCUGUAACACGUGCGCAGAAGGAGAGACAAGGAACCUGGAGAUAAAAGAGGGAAAAUCGCUGAAAACUGCGAGGUGACGGCGACCGUCAGCUGGAGGACGAGUUCUUCCUCUUCCUUCAAGUCAGCAAAAAGUCUAGCAAAAUUUCUGGUUAAAGCCCUACGCGGAAGGCCACGAUGACCAGCUACAUCAAGGGGAUUUACAGCUACGUCAGACCGGGUAGUGAAACUGCAGCGCCAGCCACAUCCAGCCCUGCCACAAGCCCUACGCAGAGUCUACCCCCGACACCCACGGAGACUAAACCGGAGCAGCAGCCAGGCUAUCUGAAAUGGGCUGUAUCUGGAGUGGCAUCGGGCAUCUAUAACGUAGGCUCCAACACCCUAGGUGCGGGUGUCACGAGUGUGAAGUGGGUGGCUGGCACGACCUACAACGUGGGGGCAGGCGUUGUUGGGACAGCUGGUACUGUUGUAGGAACAGUAGCAGGCACAGCAGGCACUGUGGCCAGCACUGUGGGUUCAGGAGCUUCUGCAAUUGUCUCCAAGGUUGCUACCAAGAAAAAGGAACAUUCGGACUAAGGGGUGGUAGUGGUAUGAUUUUUUUAUUUUUAUAGUUUUGGUCCUUUUUUUAUAUAUAGAUAUAUAACCACUUGUUUUACUAUAGCUGUUUGGUAUUGAAGCCACGUAUGAGAGAAACAUCCAAGUGCUUCAAAAAAAUUGGCAGCUUUUUUUUCUCUCUCUCUCUUGUGUUGUAUGUGUAGAAUGCAGUAUUGUAAAAAAAUGUAUAAAAAACCUGAAAUCAAGGUAGGUGCUACUGUAUGGUAAAAAAUGGUAUAUUUCUAGUAAUUGGUGAAAUGGAUUCCCCCUCAAAAGAGAGAACAAAAAUGAGUAAAACUGUUUAGUAAUAUGUAGGAGAUAUGGUAUUAUAGAUUUUUUGGGGGAAAUUUGAAUGAAUGUAAACUUAAUUUGAAAUCUGUUGAAGGUUCACUUUAAAAUACAGUAGUAUUGGAUGCUAAAUGUAACUUUCCAGAAUGAUAAGUAUGUUCAUAGUAACAAAAACAAACAAAUAAAAAACACAAAGGAAAGUUUGGGCAUUGAGGUAGAUGUUCAUUCUUUCAACUGUCUGUCUGGUAUCGAUGAACAAAUCGGGAAAAGAUUCAUAUAUAUGAUUAUUAAAACCAAAAGCUCCUUGAGAGUUAUAAAAUCAUAUACGAGCUGAAUUAUUUUUCCCAGGGAAGAUUUUAAUGGAUGGGUUUUGUUUAAGUGUAUGUAAUCGUGGGAUUAUAGCUUUACAUAACGAGAUUAAAGGUAGGAGGAUCCCUUGUUGUCGAAUGAAAGUAAAGGAAUUGUCUGUUUAUAAUACCCAAUGUUCGUAGUGUUGUGAGGAGAGAUGGUGGGAAACAAAGGCAAGUUUGUUUAGGCCAAGUACUUCGAGUCAUAAAGAGAGUAAUAGUUAUUGCUUGGAUAAUUCCCCCCUUCCCCCCAAAAAAAAGACCUGCAUCAGCCAUGAUAUGUCAGACUCAGGGUUCAAGGGAAAAAGGUUUGGUUCCCAACAAGCAAAGUGCUUCCAUUGAUUUGGUAACCUAAUGUGUCUGUCAAAAAGGUAACUUUAGGUGUUGAGAGACAAUCAUGAGUGUUUGGCUUUGUACUACAUGGUACGUAGAUGUACUUUAGGCAGUAAAGCAACACAUUAUUUUUGGUAGACCUUUUGACCUUUUGACCUGUUGAAAGCAGAAAGGAUUUCAGGAAGUAAUAUCCUGGUUAUUGCUUUUUUAUGCAUUGUUGAUUCAGUAUUUUUUGCAAGAAUGACAGUGAAGUCAAGUAGUAAUAGAUCAUUUUUGUGAAUGGAGUCAUGGAGAUAUUCUAGAUUUUAGCAAAGUCAGUUGAAAAAAGGAAAAAAAAAAAUCUUUAAUUUGUAAAGCAGAUACAAUAAAUGGUAUUUGGUUUUGAUGUGCGGAAAAUCUUUCUAAUGACUUGAUGUUGGUAUUUUUACAUACAAUUUGCAGAAAUUUUCUUAAUAUCAGUUAUGCUUAUGAAACUGGACUUUGAUCUUGCCAGAACCAUAUGUUAUGCUUAAAAUAUAAAUAUAAUAGAUAAGUUUUUACAGGAACUUCAUAUAAUGAUUUAUGUGCAUGCUGUUAGGUUUAAGGGAAGACAUUACAAGGAGAAUGUUCACCAUAAGCCAGUCAUCUUACAGAUUUCUUGUGCUGCAGGCAAGAAAAAUGUAAGAUCACACUAUGAAAAUGGCUUUUGCCCACUUGUAAAUUUGAUCUCAUUUCUGAUCACACUUUUGAAAAAAAAGGAUUUUUUUUUUUUUUUUUUUUCUAUAGUUCCUUCAUAGCGGUCGUUGAUUUUUCCCCCUCUCUAUUUCUAGUAUGUAGUUCCAAUUUUCAGUGUACAGUUCCUCAUUUAUAUACUAUUAGUUUGCUUCAAAUGUAUAGUUUAAAUUUCUUUUUCUAGUUCAGUUUCAGUACACAGUUCCUCUUAUUAUAAACCAGAUGUAUCUGCACCCUCUUACACUGAAGAUUCUGUUGUAGGUAAUCUGUUUGAAUUUGAUUAUUUAGUUGAUGCAAAUACUGUAUUGCUGGGCAAGAGAGUGUUAUUGACUAAAAUUGAUUUGUACAAGUGUAAAUUAUGAGAAUCUCCAGGGAACAAAUUACUGUGCCAUACAAAUGUAAGUCAUUAUUAUUAUUAUUAUUUUUUUUUUUACAUUAUCUAGUUAUUUUUAUACCAGUGUCAUACAUUUAUAAUGAUAUAUACGUGAUGCAUUAUAGAAUAAAAGAGAAAAGAUAUCUUUAAUUUCAGUGAUUGUUUGAUGUUCAUACCAUCAUUAGUAAACAUUGUGAUGGUAAAAUCAAGAUUGAGUCCAUUUUGGUGUUUAGAUGAAGUCAGUUGUAGAUUUAAGAGUGAAAAUAUACUUGGUAUGAUAAGCCAGGGUGUCGUUAAAAUAACAUGAAAUUUCAACAUAAUGGUUAAUUUGACAUUAUUGGUAGUAAAAUCCAGAGAUUUACCAUAUGUGAUAUUAUAAUUGUCUUAGUAAGGUGCUUCGGUUGCGGUACCCUUAGUACAAACAAUCUCUAAUCAGCUCUAGUGCAAUAUUUUAAUAAAACUGAUAUCUACUGGAAAUAGAUUUUGUAUGAUGAUAGUUUAGUUGUCAGUGAGAAGUUCAAAAAAACAAAACAUUGAAUAAGAUUAACAAAGGGGUAAAGUUGUUUAAAUAUCUCUUGGUUAAAUGGAAUGAAGUGAUUGAUUAGAUUUAAAAAUUGGGUUUUUAGUUUCAUGUGUACAUAGUUAAUUAAUGGUGAUACUGGGCACUUCUCUGAUACAAGAACUGCAACUCUGGUUUUCCUCCAAGAAAUGCAGUAUUAGUGUUAUAAGAGGCCAGUGAAGUUAUGAUAAAAACUUUGAACGAUGAGGACCACUUGUUAAAACAAUCUGAUAAAGUAUUUAAUUGCAGCUCAGGUUUAAUGUUUGAUAGUAUGGUGAGCACAGUCAAGUCCAUUCAUAAAGCAUUGAGAAAUGGAGGGAGUGCUUAUGGAAUUAGUUAUUCAGGAGCUAAGUAUUAUGUGAGGAAAUCUUUUAUAUACAGUUUUAAAGCCUAUUUUGUGAAUCAAAAUACCAUUCUAGUGAAUGUAUGGAAAUAUUUACCUGCAGAAUUGGGAAGUACUCAUGGUACUGUUAAGACGUGUUCACACCUGUUCACAUGAUUGAGCACUGCCAGAUGGGCACUUGCUUGAUACCUGUUGUUAGGGCAAAAUUGACACCUAAACCAAGGAAGGGUACCUAUGGUUGAGUGAAUUCAAUCAAUAGAUACGGCUGUCUGCCUUGUAGUUUGACCAUUUGCCUCCGAGUAAGCCAGACACCAGUACCCCUGUGUACAUGACACAAAGCUUUGCCUGCUAAGAGGACAAAGUCUGCCAGGCAUUAUUCAGUCAUGUGAACAGAGCAUAACAUUUUUAAGGUUUCCUACACUGAGAAAAUUAUAUACUGAAAAGUACCUGUUGCAGCAGCUUCUAGGAAAAAUAUUUCAGAACAGCAAAUUUUGCCAUUUGUGGUAUUUGUUUAAAAAAAAAUUGUGCCAUUAUAAAGUAUUGGAAGUUGUUUUCCUAGGGGUUGCAGUGACUGACUUUUUGAUAUGUAAUCAUAUGUGGAAGAUAAUUUCCAAGUCUAAAAGGAAUGGUACUUUUCAUCUCUGUUUGCCAGUGUAAUAGAAUAGGAUUUUUACAUUGCAUAUGGUAAUAAGUAAGGUUACAGGUGAACACUCAUGCUCUAGAAUAAGCAUAGACCAUAUUAAGAAACUGAUAGUUAAAUAGUAAUUAAGAUUGUUGCUCAUGAUAGUUUCUAUAUAUUCUGAUAAAUAAAAAAAGUUGUCAAGUCCAUAAAUGUGAGGCAGAAAA